UCUCGUUCCUAUAAUUUCCCGGCACUCCGUCGCUACCCAGAGCGAUCUCAGACAACACAAGCCAUUAGAAGCGAACGCCACUGCUUUUGACGAUGGCCAUAAUCGCCGAAUCGUCAGAUGAGAAUUCAAAAGCGCCGCCGCCCUCCGUCGCCCCGCCACUCCCUCAACAGCGAGGAAACUACUCAGACAAUUUGGAAACCCUAGCACAGGCUGCACCGUGGAUUGACGAUGCUCUGCAACAGGCGCGGCAGGCCCAGCAGACUAUAGAAACUGGAAUAGAGAGUGCAAUCGCCGUAACCAAAUCUCGAUUGGAUCGUAUCCUGACCACCUCGUCUGCUCAUUUUAAUCAAACUCUUGAUUCCUUGCAAGAUGUUAAGGCUGAAUAUCAUGUAUAUGAGGACUUAACUUUUGGGAAGAUUAAAGAGGGUAUUAGUAUUGCAGCUUCACAUCCUCUGAUCACAAUAGGAGCUUUUCUCAGCCUUGGAUUCUUGGGUCUGAAAAGACCAAGGCGAUUUUUGUACUACAAAGCAAGAAGCAUAUUUGUCAGUGAAGAGGCCAUGCUUUCUAAAGCUGAUGCAAAAGUCAAAGAGCUGAAGAAAUCCAUUGAUUUUCUGAAGGCAGAGAGUGAGAAAUGGGAGAAGAACGCAGUGCAAGCUGAACAGGAGCUGAUACGGGGAAAGACAAAAUUGAGACAAGCUGGGAAACAAAUUAGGAGUGUUAUUCGCUCUGCUUAUAAGAUAGAAAGACAAGCUGCAGGUCUGAAAGAUGUCCUCAAAGAGCUUCCACGAAGAGAAGCUUCUUUGUUUAGAUCACAAGUUUCCAACCUUGCUUCAGAGGCAAAGAAAGAAAGGAAUUUUCUUACUAAGGAGGUUACAAAAAUAAGCAAUCAUGGCAUCUCGGUCUGAUUCAACCAUUCUCUGCCCACAUACUCUCUCUAGUAGUAGUAGUUUGGCAGAUGAUGGCAAUUGUAUAAAACUGUUCCACCAAAUAAAAGCAAUUUUUAGGAGUUUUUUUUACAACUCAGUCAGGCCAGAUGGAAGUCUUGGCCUUUUCAGUGUUAUUUCAGUAUCAGAAUAUGCCCUAUAAUAUGGCACUUUAAUUACUUGAAAUUAUUUUGAGGCAAGGCUUCAUAUGUUUAUCUUUUGACCUUAUUUUGUAUGUUUUUAUUAUGACAAACGACUUGGAGAUGACAUGGCAAUUUUGUGCAUUUUAAAA